UCUCAGGUGACACGGUUUGCUUGCGGUGGCAUCGCCGUGGGUCAAACCUGUACGGAGCUUGUCCUGGACGGAUAUUCAGGCCUUUUCUUUCAAAAGUCGUGGGCCGAGGUCAACCGUGGGCUGCCAAUGUCAACGGUGCCCGUCUUCAAGCCCGAGCUCCUCAUGCCGCGGGAGCCGCCAGUGGUCAACGUGCCGGUCAGGGACUACGUGGCAGUGCCACCAGAGGCCGUGGAGAGCUACAUGGCUGAUACAUCAAUGGCAGCACCCACCUCAUACUGUCAACAGGUGCUCAUCCUGACGUCCGACAAGGCUGAGGAGCUGGCCCGUGAGAUCGAGAGUGGCCCCGACGGCUACGGCACUGCCACGUCAUUUGAGGCCGUGGCGGCCCUCUUCUGGAAGUCCAUGACCGAGGCUCGAGAGCUUAUUGAUGUCGACACCACCAAAUUCGCUUACACCAUGUCACUGCGCGGGGGCAAAAGGUGGCAGCCAACCCUCCCGAUGGGCUUCUUUGGCAACGCUGUACACGCACCGUCACUGCCGGCCAAUGCAGGCCACAUUCGAGCCAGGCACAUGUCAUACGCAGCACGGCUUAUCCACAGGAUAUACUGGGCAUGUCAACAGAGACGGUGAAGUCGUGCGUUGACUGGAUGGAGAUUGAGCAGCGCAAGGGGAUGGGUGUGACAUAUAACCUCGACACGUAUGGUGGGAAGGACGUGAAUUGCACCAGCCUUCACAUCUUCCCGGUGUACGACAUUGACUUUGGGUGGGGGAGGCCAGCCUACUUCUCGUUUUGCAUCAAUGCCAUGUUUGGAGAUCUGGUGUUUAUUCUCCCCUCUGUGCUGGGCGGCAAGAACCGGGAGAUUUACGUGCAAAUGCGUAGGGAGCACAUGAGCAAGCUUUUAAGUUCUAGUGAUCUGCUCAGGUUUGUCACGCCCACCACCAAGAAAGCACUCCUUAAUCGCUAGGAAAUACUAUCAAUACCCUUGUUCUUAUAAGAAAUCAGAUCAAGUGAUUGUUUGAUCCUAA